GAGCCUGACAUUAUUUGCAGCGUUGUCACUGAGGUGUUGCGUUUUUCUCGGUGGUGCGAAAGGGCUUCAAAUCAGUGAAAUCUUUGCUCUUUCUGCAUAGUGUGUUUCUUUGUUAGUUUAUAACUUGCUUUUUCUCUAUUUGCUGUGCGAUGCACCGGUACAUGUUCCUUCUGUCCACCGCCCUGACGUUACUGUUCUCCGGACCAGCUCAAGGAUACUUUCCCGAAGAGCGCUGGAGCCCGGAAUCGCCACUUCUUGCCCCGCGGGUCCUCAUUGCCCUCGUCUGCCGCAACUCUGAACAUUCUCUGCCUUAUUUCCUUGGAACUAUCGAACGUCUGAAUUAUCCCAAGGACCGCGUGGCAAUUUGGGUAGCGACGGACCACAAUGUGGACAACACUACAGCCAUCCUGCGUGACUGGCUCGUCAAGGUCCAAAAGCUCUACCACUAUGUGGAGUGGAGGCCGCAGGAGGAGCCCACAGAGUACCAGGAUGCAGACAGCCCGAAGCAGUGGACCAACCUCCGCUACGCACACGUGAUGAAGCUGCGGCAGGCAGCACUGGACUCCGCGAGAGAGAUGUGGGCAGACUACUUCAUGGUGGUGGACUGUGAUAACCUAUUGACCAAUCCUAAUGUGCUGUGGAAGCUCAUCAAGGAGAACAAGACCAUUGUAGCUCCCAUGUUAGAGUCCCGUGCAGCCUACUCCAACUUCUGGUGUGGCAUGACCUCCCAGGGUUACUAUAAGCGCACCCCGGCUUACAUCCCUAUGAGAAAGCAGGUGCGUAAGGGAUGCUUUGCGGUUCCCAUGGUGCACUCCACCUUCCUGAUUGACCUGAGGAAGGAGUCGUCACGCCAGCUGGCCUUCCACCCCCCUCACCCAGACUACAGCUGGGCCUUCGAUGACAUCAUUGUCUUCGCCUUCUCCGCUCGCAUGGCAGAUGUGCAGAUGUUCCUAUGUAACAGAGAGACUUAUGGGUAUUUCCCUGUGCCACUACGAGCCCACAACUCCCUGACAGACGAAGCAGACAGUUUCCUGCAUUCCUUGUUGGAGGUCAAUGUGCGGAACCCUCAUGUGCUGCCCUCGGAGCACAUCCCGGCCCCCAGAAAGAUACAAGACAAACUGGGCUUUGAUGAGGUGUUCAUGAUCAACCUAAAGAAACGGCCCGACCGGCGGGAUCGCAUGCUGAGGACUCUGUAUGAGCAAGAGAUUGCCUGCAAGGUCAUUCAAGCGGUAGACGGCAAAGCAAUGAACAUCAGUGAAAUCAAUGCCCUGGGGAUCCACAUGCUACCAGGCUACAGUGAUCCGUACCACGGCAGGCCCCUCACCAAGGGAGAGCUGGGCUGCUUCCUCUCACACUACAACAUCUGGAAAGAGAUCGCAGAGCGGGGUCUGAAGAGUUCCCUGGUGAUCGAGGAUGAUCUGCGUUUCGAGGUCUUCUUCAAGCGACGCCUGAUGAACCUGAUGAGUGAAGUGGAGAGCCAGGGUCUAGACUGGGACCUGAUUUAUAUCGGCAGGAAGAGGAUGCAGGUGGACCGCCCUGAGAAGUCUGUGCCCAAUAUACACAACCUGGUGGAGGCCGACUACUCCUAUUGGACGCUGGGCUAUAUGAUGUCAUUACAAGGAGCCCAGAAGCUGCUGAGGGCAGAGCCGUUGAAGAGGAUAUUACCCGUAGAUGAGUUCCUCCCUGUCAUGUUCAAUAAACACCCUGUCUCGGACUACAUGGAGCAGUUUGAGGAGCGGGACCUGAAGGCCUUCUCGGCCGAGCCCCUACUAGUGUUCCCCACUCACUACACAGGAGACGCGGGCUACAUCAGCGACACAGAGACCUCCGUGGUGUGGGACAACGAGAAGGUGCGUACGGACUGGGACCGGGCCCGCUCGGGGAAGACCCAUGAGCAGGCGGAGAUCAGCACCGAGGCCCAGAACUCUGACGUACUCCAGUCACCUCUGGACAGCACAGCCACACGGGACGAACUAUGAGAGGAGAGGGGGUGGAGAGGAAGGGAAUGGGGUUGGUGAUGGAGGAUGGAUGGAGAGAUAUGCUGAAGAUUAAGAACCACUGUGAGUGAUGUGAACCACAAUGGGGGUUUUUUUAAAGUCGUUUUUGUACGUUUUAGCCCCCUUUCUUUGCAUCAUUGCAGUGACAUGAUGAAUAGUACGCAGGCGGCUGUUUUUGUUUUGUUUUUUAACCAAAGAUGACAAGUUAAAUAAGGGAUCGGUUGCAUUCUUUUAGCAUUUUUUCCUUCCAUUUUCUUUUUCAUUUCAGAAAUAUGUUGGACUCACCUUUUUUUUUUGCUGCAUUUACAAGACCCAAAUGCAGGGUGGGAUCUGCAUGUCUACAGUGAUCUGGUUGUACUGUCGGUUACAUUUCAGUUAUGUGAUUGGCCUGUGAACUAGAACUUUGUUUCUGAUUGGUCACUACCAUGCCUCAAGUGCCUUAUAGCCUAGUUCAUCAUGCCAAAUCUCACAACUGACCCGAGUAGACCUUGUUACCUCUAGAAUUAAUAAUUCAUUUAUUGUGUGUUUAUGUACUUUAACAGUGUACUGUAGCAGUCUUUGAAAGGACUGGAAAAUACAAGCAUCUGCAUGCUUUUGGAGAUGGUUUUAAGAUUACCUUUUUAAUUUGUUCAUUUUUAAACUAUAGGUAGACCUAACAUCUUUUGCAUCAAUUAGAGAUUUAUGCUUGAAAUUUGUGUGCUGCUUCGCAAACGAGUCCCAUAGUUU